UUAAAAAUACAAAUCCUAAUUGUAUCUUGUGUAAACAUCGGACAAUUUAUAGAUGGGUAUAGCGUAGGGUGGUCGGCACCUAUCAUACCCAAGCUACAAGAUCCUGAUCAAACACCCUUACCUGAGCUGAUUACAGAACAACAAGUGUCUUGGAUUGGAUCUCUACUUUAUGUUGGUGCUAUAGUAGGACCUUACAUACCAAGUUAUUUAUCGAAUAUAAUUGGAAGGAAGCCAUGUUUGUUCCUCGGCGGUCUGUUAAAUUUGACCGCCAUAGUUCUUAUAGUGACCACAAAGAAUGUGGCGAUGGUCUUCGCUAUAAGAAUAAUAAGUGGCCUCGGUAUGGGAAUGGUGACUGUCAGCAAUCUAGUAUAUGUUGGUGAAAUUGCGUCAACCAAUAUCCGUGGUAUUCUUUUAACAUCUACAUCUAUAGUUGGCAUAUUUGGUACUUUAGCUGCGUAUUCCAUCGGCCCUUUUGUUUCUUAUGCGGCUACUGGUUACAUAGCUUUAAUUAUCAAUAUAAUUCACGUUAUUGGAAUACUGUUUAUACCGGAGUCGCCAGUUUAUUAUGCGAUUAAAGGCAAAGAAAUUGAGGCAAAAGAAACUCUACGAUAUCUUGGUCGUGUUGACGAUUUGGACAACGUAUUCGAGUCGGUGCGGGGUACAAACCCUGAUGAAGGGCAUAGUUGGAAGGCUUGGAUAAAGAUCUUCACAGUCAAGGCGAAUAGAUGGUCCCUCUUUAUUACGCUGAGUCUUUGUACAUUACAGCAAUUAAGCGGUGUAGCUGCGGUUUUAUUCUUCGCUACAACCAUCUUUCAGAUCGCUGGAUCGUCAAUAAGGCCAGAUAUAGCAACGAUUAUAAUUGGCGCAACAAGACUAGUGGCCAGUCUGAUAACACCGACUGUUGUGGAGAGAGCUGGUCGCAGGAUACUGCUACUUGUGUCCACAGCAUUUUGUGCGAUGAGUCUUUCGAUUCUUGGCACAUUCUUCUAUCUAUCGCGAGUGAAGAGUCCAGUUAUUGUUGACAUCGGAUGGCUGCCACUCAUGGCGCUAAUUAUGUAUUUCUUUUCAUAUGAAAUUGGUUUCGGCACCAUGCCGAGUGCGUUAGUAGGAGAGAUGUUCAGAGGCAAUGCGCGUAGUACAGGAUCCGCAAUUGCUAUGACAACGGCGUGGCUGAUCGGUUUCGGCGUGGCAACCGGCUUCGGGACCCUGGUACGUGACCUCGGUGGUGACGUCACGUUUGGGAUGUUCUCUUUCUCCUGCAUAGUAGCUUUUUGCUUUACUUUAAAGUUUGUACCCGAAACUAAAGGAAAAACUUUAAAUGAAAUUCAAGAAAUACUCGGUAGACAAUGA